CAAUCUCUUCAUAAAUUAAAAUUUUCUAUUUUAGAACCGUCUGACCCAAGGGAAUUGGCGGUCAGAAAAUGGAGGUACUGGAAUGUUAGGAACUGGCUUAUCACGACCUCCAGCGACGUUUCUGUCAAUAUUGUUUCUCCCGAUUGGAAGCUUCAUCAAAUUUCCCAAGUCUAGCACCCUGAGUCGGAAUAAUCCAUCUAUGGAAUUGGAUGACUGGGAACCUAGUGCGCAUGAGCUUGAUUCUCUGGAGCAAGAUGCCCUGAAACAAAUCGCCGAGCGCAACUCGUCAUCUUAUUCUGCUACCACCUCUGUCCAGCAUACUCAGAAAGGUGCUCAAUCUCAACCAUCUAGAAUAACGACUUCAGUUGGGUCAACUAAAACAGCUGGGCACCAUGAAGAUAAUUUGUUAAGAAAGCCACAAAAACGUUUUGUUAAAAUUUUUCUCCAUGCAAGUGGUAAUAUAGCUGCAAGAUUCCUGUUUGAUCAGCAACUUGUUGAUGCCUUCCGCAAAAUACCUAAAGCUGGUUGGAAUGCAAAAGAAAGAUUGUGGAUGUUUCCGCUGUCAUCGUUGUCAUCUGCAGAAAAAGUCCUAAAUGAAGUUUCUAGCUUAAACGUGGAGAUUGAGAGCUUAGAUCCGUUGGUGCGGCGUGCUAUUGCUGCAGCCAAUGAAGUUUGUGAUAUUCAAGAUCGCUAUGAAUACAUUCCUGAAAGCAUUGAAAAAAAGCUAAUGCCUUUUCAGCGGGAUGGUGUACGAUUUGCCUUGCAACAUGGUGCUCGUGUCUUUCUAGCUGAUGAAAUGGGACUUGGAAAGACACUUCAGGUGGUACUUUAACAAAAACUACAUUCCCACAAUGUAGUUAAGCCAUAUUUUAGCUUCGAAGUGAGCUAAUUUUUUUCUAGAAUAUUGGUUGUCAAUUAGGUUAGCAAUAUUGUAGACUUGUCUUGAAUCCACUUGGUCCUUAUCGUGGAACAAUUAGGUGCCAAAUUAGGUGUUUCU